AUGAAAAAUAUUCUUAAGAAACAAGUGAUAGUAGAGGGUAGUUUAGAGUUUGGGGGAAAAGAAUUCUUUAUGAAACAAGAAAAGAUUAUCUGUGAAGUUCAACUUAGCAAGCAGCAAGACCAGAGUUUAGAAGGAAUAUCAACUGGUUUGGAAAGGGUCAAGUCCCAGAUUUUCCAGCACAUAACUGAAAUGGGUGCCACCAUGAAUGCUUGCAAUGCUACCCGCGGUCACCCCCCUUUCUUCAUUCUUCAAGGCAUUCCUGGGAUGGAGGACAAGCACAAAUGGAUAUCCAUUCCCUUCUCCUCCUUCUACUUCAUGACUGUCCUUGGGAAUAGCACCAUCCUCUUCAUCAUCUCCACAGAGCGUUCCCUGCACAAACCCAUGUUUUUGCUCCUCUGCAUGUUGGCUCUUACAGACCUGGGUAUGUCCACAACUACGAUUCCCAAGGUAUUGUGCAUCUUCUGGUUUGGCCAGAGCGAGAUCAGCUACGAAGGCUGCCUGAUCCAGCUGUUUUUCAUCCACUCCAUCUCUGCUAUGCAGUCUGCUGUCUUGAUGACCAUGGCCUUUGACCGCUAUGUGGCUAUCUGUGAGCCCCUACGCUAUUCUACUAUUCUUUCCAAUACUCGCAUUGGGCUUAUUGGCUUGGCAAGUUUGGCGAGAGCUGUCCUCUUCAUUCUCCCCAUGCCUAUCCUUCUCCAGCAGAUGCCUUUUCACGUCAGUCGUGUGAUCCCCACUACCUACUGUGAGCACAUGGCUGUAGUGAAGCUGGUGUGCGUGGACACUACAGUAAACCGAAUGUAUGGUCUGGCAGUGGCCAUGUUGGUUGCUGGAAUGGACAUCUCGGCUAUUGGUUCAUCUUAUGUGCUCAUCAUUCGAGCCAUAAUGCGGCUGUCUAAGGAAGCCCACCACAAAGCAGUCAACACCUGCACCACGCACAUAUGUGUCAUGCUUAUCUCUUAUACACCCUCACUUUUUUCUUUUCUUACUCAUCGUUUUGGCCGAGGCAUUCCACCCCAUGUCCACACCAUUCUUGGAAAUCUCUACUUCCUGAUACCACCAAUGCUCAAUCCUAUUAUUUAUGGAGUGAAAACCAAGGAGUUUCGGGAAAAAGUGAUCAAAUAUGGGCGGCGAAGGAAGGACCCCUCACUCAUUGGCUCUGGCCAAAAAUCUGUUUCAUAA